GAAAAUAAUUAAAAUAUCCAACAUCCAAAAAAAUGAUCAUUUCAGUACAGCCCUUCUCUCUUUCUCAGUACAAGGCUAAAUAAAAAAGAAGAAUUGGAAUAGCUAGAUCCAUUGUGAUAGACUUGCAAUAUCAAGAUGAUAUGUAAUACCGAGUCAUUGCGAGAGAACCAAGAUCCCCAUUCUUCCCUUGAAGGAGAAAGAAGAAAACCCAGAUACCCAAAUCCUUCUAAACCCAUAUAUCGAAAACCCACAACCACCAACACAAGAUCCGCCAGUGGAAGAUCUAGAAGAAGGUGCCAACUUCUCUCCUGUAGCUACCAACUCUUGCCGCGGCGGAAAAGGAAGAAGAUGAACCGAGAUCUAGAAGAAGGUGCAGUUCCACACAGGGAUUAAAAAUUGUAUUAACCCAGCAGAGUAGCACUACAUUUUAUUCCAUAAAUGGUGUGCCUCUUCCAUUUGGAGGCCUGCAAUUAGUUUGAUCAAGUACUUUCGGCUUCUUCUUGGACUCGUAUCCUGGGCUUGAUGAAGUCAAAGAAAUCGCUAAAUUACGGGCUUGGGCUUAUAGUUCGUUGCCUUGCUCUGGCUCAGUAUCCACCAUUCAGAUGCAUAAACAGCAGAAAGAAAUUAGAGGGAAGGGUUUUGCCAGGGCUUUGAGUUUUUGAAACCUAGAUCUCUGUGCACUGGGCAUGAUGAAUCAACUACUGAGAAAUGCUUCCUCCAGAAUUUCUCUCAUCCGGAUCGGAUCAGUUGCAGCUGUCGGGUCAGGCUUCUUAUAUGUAAACAGCGAUUCAUGUUCUCGAACAAGGGUUACUGUGUCAAUAAAUGCACCAUUCCGCGAAUCUCUAUCACUUCUGCCAUGGCACUUACCGGGAAAUUUGGGUCCUCGCCCGUCAUUCCUCUCUUCCGAACAAUGGCAAUUUGGAGAUCUUCCAUUAUUUUCUUCUCGAGUUAGUCCUGCUCCAUCUGAUGAUAUAAGGAAGGAGGCUCCUGGAGGGAAAGGAGAUGGUGCAAAAAAGUAUGUUGGAUAUAUUGGCAGGGACACUAUCGCUGAUGCAGCAGCUAGGGUUGGUCCUGCUGUUGUUAACAUAUCAGUUCUACACGGUUUAUGUGGAAUUACCACCGGAAAGAGUAUUGGGUCUGGAAUCAUCAUUGAUGCCAGUGGUACUAUUCUGACUUGUGCUCAUAUCGUAGUUGAUUCUCAAGGCAUGAGAAUUACAUCUAAAGGGAAGGUUGAUGUAACUUUACAAGAUGGUCGGACAUUUGAGGGUACAGUGGUGAAUGCUGACCAUCAUUCAAAUAUUGCAAUUGUAAAGAUCAAUUCUAGGACUCCACUUCCAACAGCGAAGCUUGGUUCGUCCAGUAAGCUUCGCCCUGGGGAUUGGGUGUUAGCCAUUGGAUGCCCUCUUGCCCUUCAAAAUACAGUAACGGCUGGUAUUAUUAGAUGUGUUGAUCACGAAAUAGGUGAUUUGGGUAAUUUGGGACGACAAAGACAAUACUUACGGACAGAUUGUGCAAUCAAUGAGGGCAAUUCUGGUGGGCCUCUUGUUAAUAUCGACGGAGAAGUUGUUGGAAUUAAUGUUAUAGAAGUGUUGGCUGCGAAUGGAUUGGGCUUUUCUGUACCAAUCGAUGCAGUUUCAAAAAUUAUAGAGCACUUUAAUAAGAAUGGGAGAGUUAUUCGGCCAUGGCUUGGAUUAAAAAUGUUUGAUCUCAAUGAGAUGAUGUUUGCCAAGCUUAAAGAAAGCAAUCCCAAAUUCCCUAACGUUAGCAGAGGUGUAAUUGUAUGUGAGGUGGCUCCUGAUUCCCCAGCUGAUCGUGCUGGAUUUCAUCAUCUUGACGUUGUCAUCGAAUUUGAUGGGAAGCCUACUAAAAGCAUCAAGGAGGUAGUAUCUCCAAUUCUGCACGCAUACCAUUCACCAUCAUCAUAUUCCAAACAAAUUGUGAUCGGCUGAAUCUAUAGUUGAAAUAAUGGAUGACAGAAUUGGAGUGCCAUUGAAGGUCGUUGUGAUAAGAGCCAAUGAUAAUGUGGUGACUUUGACUGUAGUUCCGGAGGAAGCAAAUCCAGAAAUAUAAAAAGUUUUCUUUGCGACAAGUUGCUCCUUUUGUGCUUUUAUAGAAGGGGAAAGCAAGUAUUGAAUCUUAUUUAAGAAGUAUAUUAGAGUACGGAGUGAGGGACUUGCGAUCACACAAAAUCAUCAGUGGGUCCAAAUCUUGAAAAUUUAAAACUAGAGAUGAAUGUAGAAAUUGCUCUAACAACAAGGGAUGGACAUGA